AUGGCGGCAGCGGCGAAGAAGACGAGAGGCAGGCAAAAGAUCGCCAUGCAAAGGAUCGAGAACGACGACGACCGCAUGGUCACCUUCUCGAAGCGCAGAUCGGGUCUCUACAAGAAGGCCAACGAGCUGGCCACGCUCUGCGGCGCCCACGUCGCGCUCCUCAUCUUCUCCCAGGCCGGUCGGGCCUACAGCUUCGGCUCGCCGUCCAUCGAACCCCUCGCCCAACGGUUCCUGAACAGGACCGGGCCGGCCCUUCCCCGGUUCGAGGAGGCUCGGCGGCGUGCGAAGAUCGACGAGCUGUGCCAGCGCCACAACGAGGUCGUGGAGCAGGUGGACGCGCUGAAGGCGCGUCAGGAGGAUCUGAGGAAGGUGAUGACGUGGAGGAAGGCGGGAUUGGAUUGGUGGGAGAUUCCGGUCGGGGAGAUGAACCGGGACCAGCUCCGGGCGAGUGAAUUUCUCUUCGGGGAGGUUGCUGCGGCUCUGGAUGCGAAGGUGAAGGAGAAUAAUAAUAAUAACAACUUCGGGUCGUCGUCGGCGGCGGGGUCUGGUGCUAAUCUAGGUGGCGCCGGCGGAAGCAUUUGA